CUCAAUUAACUAGUGUAGACGAUAAACUUGGACCACAUAGUGUAAUUAUGGGUGUCACAGUAAUUCAAAAAUAUAAAAUUACCCAUAUUUGCGCUACACCGUCAAUAAUAAUUGAACUUGUCAAUAAUCCAGAGGCUCAAAAAUUUGAUUUGUCAAGUGUGGAUAGAAUUAUAUGCACGGCAGCUCGGUUAGAGUAUAAAAUAGAAAGAAAAUUUUAUGAAAUGUUUAAAAUAUUGAUUCUUCAAGCUUAUGGUUCUAGUGGGGUUCUUACUCCACAUAUGAAGGCUAAAAUAUUAUCAGAAGAUGGUCGUGAAUUGGGAUACAACGAACUUGGAGAAUUGUGGGUUGAAGGUCCAAAUAUUAUGAAGGCACGUAAAGCUACAGAUGCUGUUUUCGACAAAGACGGAUUUUUUUGCUCAGGAGAUAUUGCAUCUGUUGAUGAACAAGAUGCAGUAGUAUUAGGAUAUUAUUCUGAAGAAGAAGCAACCGAAAUUCCUAUAGCAUAUGUCGUAAUUAAAAACGGGUAUGAGCAGUCUCAAUCAUUAGCAAGAGAAAUUCAAUUUUUUGUAGAUGAAAAGGUUGCACCGCAUAAAAAAUUAAGAGGUGGCAUAUUGCUUAUAGAUAAAAUUCCAAAAAAUCUAUGA